AUAAAGAGAAAAAUAAAGAAGAGUAUGGAAGAAUUGGACAUAGUGAUCGUGGGAGGAGGCAUUGCUGGUCUUGCAACUUCCCUUGCUCUUCACAGGAAGGGUAUAAAGAGCAUUGUGUUGGAGAGAUCAGAGUCAGUAAGAUCAGAAGGAGCAGCAUUUGGUAUUCAGACUAAUGGCUGGCUUGCUCUUCAACAACUCGGUGUCGCCGAUAAACUUCGUCUUAAGUCUCUCCCAAUUCAUCAGAUAAGAGAUGUUUUGAUCGAGAAAGGGAUUAAACAAAGAGAAUCGGUUGGACCGGCGUCAUAUGGAGAAGUAAGAGGUGUGCUAAGGAACGACUUGGUCCGAGCUUUGGCUCAUGCUCUUCCUCUUGGCACUCUCCGGCUUGGUUGCCAAAUUGUGUCGGUUAAGCUCGACGAAACAACAUCGUUUCCUAUUGUACACGUUAAAAACAGAGAAGCUAUCAAAGCAAAGGCACGUUUAGCAACAGUUUUGAUUGGCUGUGAUGGAUCGAAUUCUGUAGUCUCUAGAUUUCUAGGACUAAAUCCGACUAAAGACCUCGGUUCGCAGGCAGUCAGAGGGUUCACAAAUUACCCGGACAACCAUGGAUUCCGGCAAGAGUUUAUAAGAAUCAAGAUGGACAACGUCGUAAGCGGACGACUUCCUAUAACAAACAAACUCGUCUUUUGGUUUGUUGUUUUGCUUAAUUGUCCCCAAGACUCAAGCUUUUUAAAAAAUCAAGCGGAUAUCGCAAGAUUGACACUAGCAUCGGUCCGCGAAUUCUCAGAAGAGUGGAAAGAGAUGGUGAAGAACUGUCAUAUGGACUCUUUGUAUAUCAAUCGUUUAAGGUACCGUGCUCCUUGGGAUGUUCUGUCCGGAAAAUUCAGACGUGGCACUGUGACAGUUGCCGGAGACAGUAUGCACCUAAUGGGUCCAUUCAUAGGACAAGGAUGUUCGGCUGCGCUUGAGGACGGUGUUGUUUUGGCUAGAUGCUUGUGGAGGAAGUUAACUUUAGGUCAAGACGGUAUGAAUAAUGUCUCUUACUCCUCUUCAAGGAUGCAAAUAGAAGAAGCGAUUGAUGAGUACAUUAGGGAAAGAAGAGGGAGACUCGUGGGGCUUUCGACACAAACGUAUCUUACCGGUAGUUUAAUCAAAGCUUCUUCGCCGGUUACGAAGCUCUUGCUUGUAGUUUUGUUGAUGAUUCUGUUUCGUGAUCAAAUUGGUCACAGUCGAUAUGAUUGUGGCCGUCUUUAAAUUUAUCUUGCGUACGUACGGUCUAAAUGCUAGAGAUUGUGUGCUUCGUUAGAUGUUUGUAUCAGGAGGAUGGUUACUCAUUUUGUUUGCGAAUGUUUUAUGUUUUUUU